AUGCCAAACGCAACACGAGACUAUGGCGACCUCAGAGUCACCAUGACUUCAGCCUUCGACUGGGCCUGGAACGACAAAGGUAGCGGGGCCUCAAUGGACUUUGAAGCCUACCACCCGAAAUCUCAGGGAAACUUGCGCCCUCUAGGAUCUAUUGGGUUUUCUUCCUAUGGUGACAGGAAUGGCAAGUAUGCUGUUCUUCUUGUCGGGAACAACCCAAAUUCUACCGGUAAAGCAGCAGUCGCUAGCCCCACUGGAUACGAUCAGAUUUGGCGUGACUUGAAGAGCGGAGGCAAUCAUGACGGAUCUUUCUGGAGACCCAGAGCACCGAGUGGGUACGUCUCACUUGGAGAUGUAUGUGUAGGAUCUUGGAGUGCCCCUAGCACUGACAAGAUUUGGUGCGUUCGUUCUGAUUUAGUUCAAGGCUCGAACUACUUCAAAGCAAAGGUUUGGGAUGAUCAUAAGUCGGGAGCUUCCUCAGAUUGUUCUGUGUGGGACAUUGGUCUUCCUUCUACCGGUGUGAACGGGGGAGAAAACAUCCCAAUCUCGUCCGAGACUUUCCGCGCCAAUAACAGCUGGUCCGAGCCCAACAAUGGGCUCGCCCAAGUUCUCGUCCUACCAAACCCCAAAAAGUUCGAAGACUUCAAUGUUCCUGCACCAUCUUUCACGAAAGCCAAUAUCCCGAAAAGUGGUGAUGUAUUCAACCAAAUGGAUCAAUGCCAAGCCACGCUUCCUUUCACCAUGUUCUUCCCUCCUACGGACGCAGCAAGCCUUAGAACAAUCAGUUACCCAUUCUGCGCUCUCGCCAGAAAAAUUGCUUGGUAUGCCCACACGGUGCACACCAAUGACAGCGGAGGCUUGAUUAACGACUCCACCACAGUCACAAAGGGUGUCAGUAAAACCCUCUCGGAGGAGAUGACACAUUCCGCAGGGGUAUCCAUCUCUGCCUCGUUUGGUAUCAAGGGUUUCGGCAUGGAUGUUAGUCUUAACUAUCAAUUUACAGCGACCAAUUCCUCCUCCUUCACUGAGUACGAAGAGACUUCGCGUACACAGGGAUAUACUGUUCCACCAUACGAAUGUAUUAUUUUCCUCAGCAAGCGUAUUUGGAUCCAGGCCACCCGCGCAGAUGGGUCUAUCGUGCUCAGAGAAAUCAACUUCAACGCCAACGAUGACAUCCAUCUUAUUGGAGUUCCUCUUAAGUAG